ACCAACCUGUCCUACCUUCACUAACGCGAAGUCGUCCAAUCUUUUUUUGCACGGAUGGGCUGGCAAAUUCGUGAAGAAAUUGUUCUACAACUUGUUCAAAAACCGGCCCACAGUUUAGUUGAACGUGUGCAGAAAAGGUUUCCGCUGUUCUUCUAGUGUUUAUCGCGCAUACGAUCAACCCUUAGCGUCACCAGCUUGGUUGAAUAUGCGGUGUACGGAAGCGAGCUGAAAAGUUCUUCGUUUCCAUCUUAGCGCGCCUCCGUCAAAACCUCACGGGCUGGGGUUACGUGUGUGCGUGUGUAGCAGCGUGCAAAGUGUGUGCGUCCCGAAAAGAUACCGGGAAGAUUGGUUGGCAAGCGGAACAAUAUUGUGCUCCACCAUAGCAACUGUGGUGGGCAGCUACUCGGUGUGUGAAACCAAAUAACAGGAAUAUCGAUUGUUGACAAGCCGUGGGCCGAGCGUCAACUGCCAAGAGAUUUUCGUCAUUUGCAUCGCUUUUGAUGUUGUUGAAGUAAAAAUCUCCGAGCACAGUAGGUUGACAAGGAUUCCGCGAAAGCUUAACCAUCAACGUCAGCGUUGGUUCUCUACUUGCGACUUUGAAGAGUAAAAUUAAUGCUGGAUUUGGAGUAAGAAAGACAGGCCUGCAUCAUGUCUUUUCACCCCAGACCACCGGGAACAACAAUUGUUUCCGCUGGUAUCCCGUACAUUGCUCCACCAAUAGUACAGCAACCGAUGAUGCCUGCUAUGAAUCAGCCACCUCCCUCAAACCGUGGCGGAAGCUUUCGUUCCGGAGCAACGAUCGGCUCUCGUCCACAGAUGUACAACAACAAACCUCCGCCACAACCAGAACCCGUGUACGAUGGGCCGAUUGUGACUGUGUUCGUAGGCAACAUCAGCGAGAAAGUGCCCGAUCCAAUGAUCAAACAGAUACUGGCAACAUGCGGCACAGUCGUUAACUGGAAACGGGUGUCCACCUUUGGUUUUUGUGAAUAUGAUCCUGCGGGAGGUGCCAGAGCGGUGCGCUUGGUGCACGACCUGGAGGUCGGUGGCAAAAAGCUGGUAGCGAAGGUGGAUGCCAAGAAUAAAGCUCUGCUUGAUUCGUUCCGCGAGGAUGAAAGUAAUGCUGCUGCAACGAACGAAGUAUCCGAAAAGCGGGGCGAUGACGAUGCAAUGGAAGCCAUCGGUCAUAUACUGGAAGACUUUAGGGAGGAGCUGGCUGCAGCAGAACAGCAGCAAGAAGAAACACAGGCAAAGCAGAAGAAAAUGCUCCAAACGGUCGACAUUGAGGACGGCAAGCGGGACAUCAUUAAUAAGGAGAUUGGAAAGUUCCGCAAAUACACCGAGGAAGAGGAGUUGAAAAAGGAAAAGGAAAAGGAGCGCAAAAAGCGCGAAGAAAAGCGAGCGGAAGAGAAGCAGCGCCGUUCGGUAUCGCCCCGCAAGGAUAAGAAAGCUUCCAACUCAUCACGGCGGCGCAGUCGAUCGCGAUCGCGUGACCGUGAGCGGGAUCGGGAGCGUGAGCGAGAACGCGAGCAACGGGAACGCGACAAGGAACGGGAGCGGGAGCGUGAGCGCGAGCAGCGUGAACGGGAACGCGAGCGUGAGCGUGACUUGGAACGGCAACGCGAACGUGAAAGGGAACGCGAGCGGGAACGGGAAAGGGAACGGGAGCGCGAACGUGAGCGGGAGGAUCUGAAGGUGAACCGCAAUCCGCGCGAUAUUCAGAAGGAGAAAGAAAUGGAAGAGGAGGCACGGGAGCGGAAGAAGGCGGAGAAGAAGGCCCGCGAUAAGGAGGCAGCGUACCAGGAACGGUUGCGGAACUGGGAGGCGCGUGAAAGGAGGAAGGCAAAGGAUUACGAGAAGGAUCGGGAGAAGGACCGCUGCAAGGAGGAGGAACGCGAGAAGGAAGCGAAACGACUGAAAGAGUUCCUCGAGGACUAUGACGACGAUCGUGAUGAUCCAAAGUACUACAAGGGCCGUGAACUUCAGCGAAGACUUGCCGAAAGAGUUCGAGAAGCGGAUGCCGAUUCUAAGGACCGCAACAAGGAGCAGGAAGAGUUGGAUGAAUUGAAGAACAAAAUCUUUAGCGGAGAGUACGAUAACCCAACGCUCGAGUUCGAGAAGGCCAAAAAGGAGCGCGAGGAUCUGUACAAACCGAAGAUACUGAUCGACGUCAAUCUGGAGCAGUCGCAACAGCGUGAGCGAGAGCUUGAGCGAGAACGGGUCCGUGAAAUAGAGCGCCAGCGUGCUAAGGAGCGGGAGCGCAUGAACAAGGAGCGUUACGUGUUAGCUCAAGCUUCGCGGGAACUCGCUUCGGUCGACGCAGAACCGAUCGAGUCCGAUUCUAGCGGACAGGACAAUUUCAACUCACCAGCCGGCAGCGCAUUGCAGGCAGCGAACAGCAGUGCAUCAAACGGACCGGGUUCCGGUUCGGCCAGCAUAAUGGAUGGCAUGGGUAAUAGCAAUCAUCACCACCAUCACCACCACCAUCAUCCGCACCAUCAUCAUCAGCAUCACCACAUGCACCACAACGCGUCGGAACAGCGUGUAGCGUCCGCUGGUCAGCAUCCUGCACAUGCAGGUUCCGAAACGCGUGAUUCGUUCGGUCUGAUGGGGCAUGGUAGCGGCGCAGGAGGAGGAGGCAUGGGUGGCGCCAGUACAAUGCUGGAUGAUGAUAGCUCGCGGCACUCGAUACGGUCAAACUCUCAGCACGGAAUCCCCGAAAGUCCGGAAGCGAACAGCAACAGUGAGAUGAACUCGAUAUCGGACAAAUCGUCCCAUCACCAUCAUCAUCAUCACCACCAGCUACUACCGCAACAGUCCGCAGUGGGCCCGACCAUUAGCUUAAAUCUGAACGUGAAUGCGAAAAAGAAGAAGCUCGAGAUGAAGGAUGUGUUCAACAGCCUUGACGACGAUACGGAGGAAUCGAACGGUCCCAAGAAACGAAAGCUUGUUCCAUUAGAAUAUGAGGAUGGCCGGGGCCAGAUGGACACUCCGAUCGGAACGGCAAACAGUACACCGGCGGCGGUGGCAGCUGCCGCCGGCACCGCACCGAAAUCAUCGAAAGGCAAAAAGGAUGACGCAUCGAACCGGGAAACGCAGAAAUCGCAGGAAGAAAAGCGCAAAAACAUAAAGAGUAUUAUCGACAAGAUACCGACGGAGAAGAGCGAUCUCUUUAACUAUCCGCUCGACUGGAACGAGAUCGAUAGUACGAUCGAGAAGAAAAUACGACCCUGGAUCAACAAAAAGAUUAUUGAGUACAUCGGGGAACCGGAACCGACGUUGGUCGAUUUCAUCUGCUCGAAGGUGUUGGCUGGCAGUACGCCGCAGGGCAUACUGGACGAUGUACAGAUGGUUCUCGACGAGGAAGCGGAAGUGUUUGUGGUGAAGAUGUGGCGAUUGCUAAUCUACGAGGUUGAGGCAAAGAAGGUUGGACUGGCGAAGUAGGUACACGGCAUAACGCAGCAUAACAGUAGAAAGCGGCAUGUCACAAAUUACUGGACGAAUGGCUACGGACGGAAUGGUGGCCGGUGCAGAGCGUGAAACCGUUCACGCGUGUUCCCUCUCUACCCAAGACCGGUGAGUCAGUCGGCAGCGGUCGGUGAAAUAAAUGCUGUCAGUUUGGUGAACUUGAUUAGACUAUAGCCCGUUAACGCUAGGCAAUUUGUUCAACAAAAUGGGAGAAGGCAUGUCCUUGCAUCCAAUAAACCUUUUGUCGCGAUAAUUCCCCCGGUCGCCCUGGCAGAAUCCUUUUUAUCGCAAAACGACGACAUCGUACAAUCCAUGAACACGUUAACAAUUUUCACUGCACAUCGCGCAACGUAAAGCGAGCUAGUGUUUUCAGUUAAGCAGGAACGACAGUUAACUAUCAUUCACAAGCAAGUAAAGCAGGAAAAACAUUGGGAAGUAAGGUUGAUUUGGUUGCGUAGUAAGGGGCGUUCUACUUUCACACCAAACAACGAUCAGUGAGAUUGUGUUGCCAUUAGCUUCCCCUUAAUAUAUUAUAUUUUUCAUGCUUUACUUUGUAGAUACAGGACAAUGGCACUGAAUUUGUGGAAAGAAGGAGCAGGUAGUUGAGGGCUUGGUUUGGUUUGAUUAGUACAUUUCAUCCAGAAAGAACUCUAAACCCUCUGUAAAGGUGUUGAUGCGAGACAAGAAUAGCAACAGCGGUAGUCUCAGAAUUCCUUGAUCUAUUUGAAUGAAUUUCCUUCCUUUUUGACGAUGCGUGUAAAGAAAAUGCUUACAAUUCAUGAGAAAGUAGUAAAACGAGAAAGCUCCCAGCAUCUCAAGAGCAACAUUGGAAUCAUUAACUUUGACGAAAAAAACAGGAACUUUGAGGAAAACAAUUUACCAAACUGCUAGUGCAUCAAAGCCAUACAAAAUACACACUCAGCCGAAGGACAUGCAUGUCAGGCAUGUCUUCUGAA